GUGCAAACUAUAGUUGUAGUCAUAAAAUAUAUAUAAAAACAUAUUUAUCUUGAUAAGUUUUUUUAGUUGUUUAUCAUGAGUCUAUCAGAUUAAAAAUUUAUUUUAUUUUGAAGAAGUUGUAACUAAAAUGAUUAAAGCUAUUUUGGUAUUUAAUAAUCAUGGCAAGCCGAGAUUAUCGAAAUUUUAUCAUUAUUUUAAUGAAGACAUGCAGCAGCAGAUAAUAAAAGAAACGUUCCAACUGGUGUCUAAAAGAGACGACAACGUCUGCAAUUUUUUAGAAGGUGGAAGUUUGAUUGGUGGAUCUGAUUAUAAACUUAUUUAUAGGCACUAUGCAACUCUUUAUUUUGUAUUUUGCGUCGACAGUUCGGAGUCCGAGCUGGGGAUACUUGACUUGAUUCAGGUGUUUGUCGAGACACUGGACAAGUGCUUCGAAAAUGUCUGUGAGCUAGACCUGAUAUUUCAUGUCGACAAAGUCCAUUACAUUCUCAACGAGCUGGUGAUGGGCGGGAUGGUUCUGGAGACCAACAUGACUGAGAUUCUCACGAGAAUCGAGGACCAGAACAAGCUCGAAAAGCAAGAGGCGGGAAUAACAGCAGCACCUGCACGAGCUGUUUCAGCGGUUAAAAAUAUGAACAUUCCUCAGCAAAUAAAAGAUAUGAAACUUCCUGAUCUACCGCAAGCUAUCAAAGAUCUUAAAUUUUGACAUCUGUUAUCACUAAUUAUCAUUAUCAUUGUAUGCAUUUAUUUUUAGAUUAAUAAAAUAUAUAAAUCAUG